AUGAAACAUAAUAAAUUAAGUUCAUGCUUUGUGCCCGGCUCUGUGAACUCCCACGCCCAGCCCUUCCGCCAACCUUUAAGCUGUAUUGGAAAAGUUACGCCGCUUGACGGGCAAAUCUCCUUCGAACGUUUCCUAUCUGCCGUAAAACUCUCACUACGCGAUCAAGAAAUCAACAACAACAACAACGGCUCAAUGAGCAAUUUGUAUCGGGUGCAGAGCGAGGGGCGGUUGGCUCAGGGAACUCACCAACCCAAAAGGUCACCACCUACAAUGGGCGUAAAUGGGUUGGAUCAAAGAAGGGUCAUCUACGCAUCAAAUCCCAAUCUACGCUCAUCGCCAAAUUAUGAAAAUAUGUUGUAUGGACAAGUGCAAAUGCGCCCGAAGAAGACGACAGUUCGUGCUCAAAAGAGGAGCAUCGUCUUCGGCAUCCCCUGCCACCGCCUGGUCAGCAAAAAAUUAGCGUGCCGGGCAGACGACCAAUGUCUACGAAUAGUUAUAAUAGUAUUGCGUCUUCUGGCAUGGAAAAUAUCGUGUGGCGGAAUUCAG